CCCAGGGGAGGCAAACGGCGACGUUUUAAGGGAGGCAGUUGCCCAAAAUUGCAAUUUACAGUUUUCACUAGUGUAACACAAUUGAAAUGUUGGUCAUAUAUUCAUGAAGCACUCUGCUCCUUCCCGCCACCUCAUUGCCGCCGCUGCUUUCACCGAUACUGCGUCUGCCGCCGCCAGCGCCACCAUGUCAUCUGCUCAAUCAUUCCGAGGAGGCAGGGGACGCGGCAGGAGAAACUUUUCGCACCGUCCUUCCGGAGAGCGAAGUGAAGAGGACAUUGUAACUGGAGACUCUCACUUCAAUUCUGUUCGUGAAACCAAUCGAAAUCUCCGUCCGUCUCCUAUUUUUCGACCUUUCCGGCCUAGGGCACCAUCUCCAAAUAUCCAUCCUACUCAUCAUAAUUAUGGACAAUUGCCGUCUCCUCAACCACGUCAGCCAUUUCAUUACAAUCAGCAAUCCUAUAGAGCAAUGCCACCACCAGCAGGGUUUUAUCAGAAUCAACAGUUCAAUAGAGCAAUGCCACAGCCUCCACUAAGACCACAGUAUUAUCAGAAUCAGCAGCUCAAUAGACCAAAUUUUUAUGAGAAUCAGCAGUUUAAUGGACCAAAUUUUUAUGAGAAAAGGCAGUUUAAUAGACCAAUUUUUUAUGAGAAUCAGCAGUUCAGGCCACGGCCAUUGCCUCCCAAGGCUUUGAACUUUCGGAAUUGGGAGUAUGCUAGACCUGGACCUCCACCUCAUUGCGAACGAUUUAUAGUCUUAUCAUACAACAUACUAGCUGAUUACCUUGCUAUUGAUCAUCAGAGAAAACUUUAUUUUCACAUACCGCAACAUAUUUUGGACUGGGAAUGGCGUAAAAGAAGUAUCCUUUCUGAGCUUGGAUGGUGGUCAGCUGAUAUAUUAUGUCUUCAGGAGGUUGACAGAUUCCAGGAGUUGGAGGCAGAGUUGAAGUUGCGUGGAUACAGUGGCAUCUGGAAGAGGCGUACCGGAGAUCCAGCUGAUGGAUGUGCAAUAUUUUGGCAUGCAUCAAGAUUCAAGUUGGUGCAUGAAGAAUUUAUUGAAUUUAAAAAGUUUGGGCUUCGGGAUAAUGUUGCCCAGAUAUGUGUAUUUGAGUCUCUUGGUCAGCAAAAUAAUUGUUCACCAGCUCCCUUAGCAAGCCCUGGUCACUCCAAUAAGGUUGUAAUUUGUAAUACUCAUGUGCUUUUCAAUCCUAGAAGGGGAGAGAUUAAGCUCGGACAGGUUAGGGUGCUUCUGGAUAAGGCUGAUGGUGUUUCAAAACUUUGGGACAAUGCUCCUAUUGUGAUUUGUGGAGAUUUCAACAGUACACCAAAGAGUCCAUUAUACAACUAUCUUGCCGAGGAAAGACUAGACUUAUCAGAAGUGCCUCGGGAUAAAGUGUCAGGACAGGAAUCAGCUACAAUUAAUACAGUGAAGCAUAGCUUCAAUGCUAGUGCUAGACACCAGGAUGCAGUUAACUCUACUCAAAGCUCUGAAGUGGCUAGUGAGAGAGAGGUAAAAGAUAAUAAGAUGGCAUCAGCUGAACAGAAAUUUGAGACUCCUGAAAAAGAUUCAGGAACUGGAUCUUCUGCAUGUACCUUAUCUGUGCCUCAGAGUUCUGUAGAAUAUGAGCUGAGAAGUUCUUGUGUGGUUAUCUCAUGCUCCGAGAGUACGGCUGAUUUGCCUAGAGUAAUCCAUGUUGAAGGUACGAGUCAUGAAGCCAAUUCAUUAGAAUCUUGUCAAGAAGAUGAAUAUGAUAAGGACUCCGAGAGUGGAUAUAACAAUGCCAACCCUAAUGCCACAUCUACCUCUUCUCACAAAAUUUUUGAAGCAAAAGUGUGUUCAGGAAUUGAUUCAGAGAGAGAAAAGGAUGGGCAGUCCAAAGUAGGUGAUUUUGAUUCUGAAAAUGUGGUGAGCAUUCACAGACCUACAAUACCCCAUUGUUCAGAUGUGUCGUUGACGGGGCUAUCUUCUGAUUCUUCAAAUGUACAUGAAGUUUCUCUUCCGGAAAGCUCUGAAAGUGUGUUGUCAAUUGAUAAAGAGAGUUCCCCUAAAAUAUCACGUGAACUUAAAAACUCACACACAGAGACUUGUUUUGAUGUCUUGUUGGACGAAAAGAUGGACAACUUGUCACUUAGUGUGGUCUCUGAAGGCACAAAAGAAGAUGAACUUUUAGUCGAAAAUCGUGAAGCAUUUUUGUCCCAGUUACAUGAUGAAGCUGGUUCCUUUCCAUCAGACUCUGACCAACUUCAAACAACUUCUCUUGAGGAAUUGGAUGAGUCAUUAAAGAAGUGUGACGGUUCCUUAGAGUCGUGUUCUUUAAGUGAUGAGAUUGCAGAUGAUGCUCCUAAUUUGGAUUCUGAGGUUGUUGACAGAGAGAACUCGACUUAUGAUCCAUCAGCUUGGACUCCAAUUGAUAUAGAAACUGCUACAGGCAAUGCAGAUUGCAAAGUAAUGGAACAUAAUCUGAAGUUGACAAGUGCAUAUAGGGAAGUAGAGUUGCAGGAUUUUUCUGGAACAAGAGAUUCAACAGGAGAACCUGAGGUGACCAGCUAUCACAGGCUUUUCAUGGGUACAGUUGAUUAUAUAUGGCGUUCUGAAGGCCUUCAGACUGCGAGGGUGCUUGCUCCGAUUCCAAAAAAUGCCAUGCAAUUUGUGAGAGGUUUCCCUACUAAGAAAUGGGGAAGUGAUCAUAUUGCUCUGGUUUCGGAAUUUGCUUUUACAAAUGAUAUAUCGAUUCACAAUACUAGCGUCCAAAAGCAGUAAAAUUAUGUCCACUCCAAAGGACUGUAUGAGUUUUCAGUAAGUAGAACUUUUUGUUCUACUAGGGGGAAGAAGGGAUAGAUUCAUCUUGGAAGAGCUUCAACCUGGAUAUGAAGAAAGGA